UUCAAUUAUCGAUAUAAUGUUUCUCCACUUGUUCGAUUGUUCCAAUUUUAAUGAAUUUAUUCCUUUUCUCUCCACUUCUUCUUCUUCUUCUUCUUCUUUACUCUGCUCUUCAUUAUACGUAAAAUGAGCGCGUUUAAUAAAUUUCCGUGAAUUUGAGCUAUUUUCAUGGUCGUAGUUUCUAGAUCGGCUCCACGGAUUUGGCAUUCCAUGGAUCUCCGUAUACAGCAACGUAUGCGAAUGUACAUAACGCUCAUUGUACUCGUGUUUCCGGUAUGUUACAGAUCGGUUGGUGAUAAAUCGAACCAAGUAAAGGAAGAACAGGUAUUCGAAUGUCAAUAAUUUCCUUCUUGGCUCGCAUACCUGUUCGUCGAAUCAUUCUUGUUGCAAAAAUACAACGGAGUUGGCAAGUAAAUCAAUUGCAAUUCAAGUUAGAAGUCACGUUAUUUGGAUUUUCCAAAUACGGAAUUUCCAAAAGAAAUACCGUUCGUGUAACUUGCAGCGAUUAAAGUUAAUUAAGUAACUGCAUAGAUUAACUCCAAAUAUAUCGGCCUGUUUAUUAUUUACUGCUUUUUAAAGAACUGCAAGCUAGAAAUACAAAACAGUAAGAAAGAUCUGAAAGCUGAAAAUUUGAGAUUCAAAGGACAUUACAAACAUUAUAGAUAUUUACUUGUACAGAUGAAAUAAUACGUAUUACAAAACUAACAACCGAGUGCGGCAAAACGAUGAUACAACACGUUGUCACUAUAAUCGUACAAUAUCAUUUUCUCCAUUUCAGCAUUACGUUGUAAGAGAAUUACGUUAUAUGCAAUGGUUGUACGCUUCUGCAUGAAAGUUUAGAGCAUGUUAGGGUUUCAAAAUGAUGAUUUCAUUUUAUAACGAAAUAUUUUAUUCGUGAUGAUAUCCUUUUAGGCUAUUGACACUGUAAUUGAUUAUAUUUGAAAGCGAAAGUUAUAAUUAUAAUAUUCUCAUUUCUCAGAAAAAUGUACGAAAAAGUUUGCUUCGUCCAGAAAGCGAGGAACUAUCUUCAAACUAUAGAAGCUCGGUUCUUUAAAUAUUCCUUAAAAAAAAAAAAAGCUGGCGAUAUAUCAAUAGCUAAACUGUUCAUCAUUGAACAGGUAUUAUUUUAUAUUAUAAUCCGAGGGUUCAAUGUUUGUUUGGUACACUGAUCACUAUGUGUGUCACGCUGUAACUUGAUAACACGCGCCUUCUCGUUGUUGAAGUUCAAAGAACAAACUUUGUUGAGGUUCAAUGAACAAAGAACAAAAACAUACAUAUUGAGAAUGUAUAUGGUUGAUAGAAAUGAGGAAAUUACGCGACAAUGAAGCAACAUCUGAAACCUUGACUGCUCAUUCUGUACGUAGAGAUUAGUCAAUCAUACCGAGAAAUUUUCCUGCAAACUAAAUUAACUACAGAAGUAAAACGCUUUAUAAAUCUUACAGAAUUCAACACCUGACUGACUUACUUCGCUGAUUUUCUAUGAAAAAUAAAUAAUCCCCGCAGUGAUUGUCAGUCACUUUUUUCCAUUUUAUAAAACAACAUACGAAUCGCACCAAGUUUUAUAAAAUCAAACAUUUUUAACAUCUACGUUUGCCGUUUCGUAUUUUUUCUUUAUCCUCGUGCAUUAUUUUUGUCAAAUUUUUAUAAUUCCAACUGCGAAACAAAGAGAAUCGCUUUUUCCUUAAAUGUUGCAUUCCUUUUAAUUCCAAACUAUAGAAUACAUAUAUCGUAUAAUUUUAUACAAUAUUACAGCUGUAAGUAACAAAUCUCAGUUUAUCAUACGUACGUUCCCAUAUCUUUUCACCACAGUCCCGGCCCCACAUCCUUUUUUCGCUGAACGCAUGUACGGACAUUUCACACAGUACAUCAGAAUCGCAGAAUAACAGAUUCCAUUUAAUCAAACGCUCGAUGUCUUUCCAUCGUUGAUUCUCUUUCACUUCGCUCUUCCAUCGAGUACGCCAGACGCUACAACCAAUCUGAAUAAAUCCAAUUUUCCUAUCCACCACUUGUCCUUACUAAUAGCUCACUUUCAACGAACAUUUGACGACAAAACAUAGCGGAAUACAGCGUCCAAGUUGUGAUAUCUAAUUUCGCAACGCAUUAGAAAGGAUAACGUUUACCGUUAAUUGUCUUAUUCCACAAGAACUUGAUAGGUUUAAAUCUGUCUAAUGUCGCUCAGGGGAGAACAAAGUCUCGAUUUUGUUCCUCGAGGCUGAAGAACAAAUGCAAUUACAAUAUGGAUAUAUCGUAAUCGAUGAGUUCAAAUUGCGGCAAAUGACAGCAUUGUCAGACAGAUAGACGGACAGAAAUUAUCUGUCUGCACGACAGUCGUAAGAUAAUGAUUGAACAAGUCUGUAACGAAGCGUGUGCCCCGGCCAGCCGUCAAUUUUCCUACGAAAUAAUCGUUAAUCGAUCACUGGUAUGAAACGCGGUAUGAUAACGGCGCGGCGACGGUCAGUAGUUGUUAAAAUCAUAACUCGAUUAAAACAACGAAGAACUGCGAUGAACGAAAAUAUAAACAGAAAAGUGAAAGACGUGUUCUUACUAAACGAAAGGGUUUUUCUGAUCUGGGAUGCGUGGCCCUUAAGAAAAAAAUACACGAAAUUCGUUAUGUACAUGUCCUAUCUCAGCGUACAUAUGGUCAUAAUGUACAUUGACCUGAUCGAAGCAUUCGGAAAUUUAGAAUCGAUGGUGGGAAACAUUAUAGAUAAUACCAUAGCAACCGCUACCUAUUUUAUACUAUUUUUGCUUCGAUUCAACAAACUGAUCGAACACGGGAUCGUUACUGUGAGAGAAGAAAUUGCUAAGAGUAAGUUUGAAACUGUGGAGGAGAUGCGCUUGUACUUCGCGUAUCACAACAUUUCGGAUAAAUUCGGUAGAUACGCCAUUACAACGACUUUAGUGAUAGCAACUCUCUGGUACUUGUCACCUAUGCUGCAUUUGUUGAAGCUUGAUUCAGGACAAAGCAAUGAAUCAUCGAAAGCUUACAAAUUGCCUUUCCGAGCUUAUGCUUUUCUCGAUUAUCAAGACGACUUUCGGAACUUCAUUAUCAUGUAUUUAUACCAGUUUCCACUUGUAUUCAUUGCAUUAAGCCAUAUAAGCGCCAUCAGUUUGUUAGUUAACUUGGUGCUACACAUCUGCGGUAAAUUCUCAAUCUUGUCGUAUCGUAUACAAAAUAUUGCCACGAAUUCAAACGUUAAUUUAGACAGUGUAAUCAAAGAAUUCGUGAUCGCGCAUGUAAAACUAAUUACGACAGCAAACUCCGUCAAUUCAGCCCUGCAAGUUUUUCUUUUGGUGGAACUAUUGCAAACAACCAUUAGAAUGGCGACCAUCGUAUACAUGAUGCUUCUAAAUCCCUCGGGAAGUUUCGUGAGCACUUUGACUUACGGUUUAUACAUUUCGAUAAUUAUAUCGAUGUUAUAUCUAUACUCUUUCAUAGGAGAACAGUUGUCAAACGAAUCGAUGAAAGUGAGCGAAGCGUUUUAUGCUACGGACUGGAAUAAUUUAUCGCUGCAUAAUCAAAAGUUAUUGCUUCUGGUUAUGUCUCUUGGACGACAGACAUUGCACGUUACAGCUGGAAAAUUUUAUACCUUCUCAUUGUACGGUUUUAUCGAUGUAAGUAAAUAUUGAAUAUAUAUGUGUAUGGUCGUAGUCAUCUCCGAUAAUUCUUCGUCUUUGACACAAGCCGAUGUGUAUUCAAUAAAUAAUUAUAUACAGAGUAUCGGAAAAUACAUUGGUGAUAUUUAUACAAUCCAUUCUACACAAUUUCUAUUAU